AUCGACCAACAAAAAGAGAGAGGUCUCGAUUUUCGAUAUGAACAGGUGACGACACCAGUGUCAAUCUCAUACACAUAGUUUCGUAAUACGCCAUUUUCUUUGUGUGCACUGUGUCGAGUUCUGAAAAUUUCUACGUAUUUUCAUUAAAAUUAAAGAAGAGAUUGCAAAAUGGCCUCUCGUAAGAAAGUACUCCUUAAAGUUAUCAUCCUGGGUGAUUCUGGAGUUGGCAAAACCUCGCUCAUGAACCAAUAUGUCAACAAAAAAUUUAGUAAUCAAUAUAAAGCAACUAUUGGAGCUGACUUUUUGACUAAGGAAGUCAUGGUUGACGAUAGGAUAGUUACUAUGCAGAUUUGGGAUACAGCAGGACAAGAAAGAUUCCAAUCACUUGGUGUAGCGUUUUAUCGAGGAGCAGAUUGUUGUGUUUUAGUGUUUGAUGUUGCUGCUCCAACUUCUUUCAAGUCCCUGGAUUCUUGGAGAGAUGAAUUUUUAAUUCAAGCAUCACCAAGAGACCCAGAUAACUUCCCAUUUGUUGUUUUGGGCAAUAAAGUUGAUCUCGAGAACAGAGCAGUUUCCAGCAAAAGGGCGCAUCAAUGGUGUCAAUCAAAAAAUAAUAUUCCGUACUUUGAAACUAGUGCAAAGGAAGCAAUCAACGUCGAGCAAGCUUUCCAAACGAUAGCAAAAAAUGCUUUGGCUCAAGAGAGCGAGGUGGAACUUUAUAACGAGUUUCCAGAUCAGAUUAAACUCACUAAUGACCAAAGAUCCAAUGGCAAAGGUGAUUCUUGUGCUUGUUAGGGUUAUAAAGAUUACAAAAGAUGACUUAAUCAAUCAUAAAUGGGGAAAAAACUAUGCAGGUCAGAUUGUAUGCUUAGUGAGAAUCUCUGUAUGUUUAUGGAGGGAAUUAUUGCUAUGAGACAGCUGAGGAUGCACAGAAAUUGUUUCUCAUUGCUCUAUUUAAUUUCCCUAGUAAAUUAAUUCCAAUCGAAGAAUCCAACAAAAACAGAACAUUUUUUCAAGCAUAUAUGAUGAAGUGAAUUGAGGUAUUGAAAAACUUUUAUCUAGAAAAAAAUCGAAUUAAAUAUUGAUAUAAUCAUUCUUAAAAAGGGGGUACUUUUGUUAAUUGUAAUAAAUUUGAAAUAUUUUCAUUUAUUAAAUUUAAGCAUCGAACUAUAGAAUCAAUCAUCUCGAAAAGAUGAUUGGUUUCCAAUUCGAUACAAUAUUUAAUAACAUAUAUUAUUCUAUAAACCUGUAAAAUUAUCUUCUACAAUCAUUUCCUCUCACAUUUUCUUUUAAUUUUCCUCAUUGAGUGGCAAUCACACGGCUUAGUAUAGAAAAUGAAAUGUCCUGCAAAAGUUUUAGUGCAGAAUUAAGUAUGCAAAUAGCAAAAAACAAACAUUUAGUAAUAAAAAAAAAUAUAUUGAAAAAAAAAUACACUCAAGGAAUCACUAUUGGCUUCACUGAUGUUAGAAUUUGUGAAUAGAUUAUCAAGAUUGUUAAUGCAUGGAAAAAAAACAUUUAUGCCGUAGACAAUUUGAUGUAUAAUUUCGUUAUGUCACGGCUAUUGUUAUAAUUUUUUCAUAUAACAAUCAAUUUAGAAUUUAAAACUAGUGUGAAUAAAGCAAGUAAAAUUUUAAUCACAAAUUUUAUCAUCAGUUUUGUCAAUCUUGUCGUACGUUAAUGUAAGUGCAAGUAAUAAAAAAAUAUUUGUUGUGAUUAUUAUUGAAUACAAAUUAGAAAAAGACCAUUCACAUAUCGAUAAUUGUCGCUUUUGUUAGUGAUCAAUAUCACUCGACGUUUAUCGAUUCAAAACCUUUUUUUUCAAGCAAUCUGACUGAUCUUUUACAUCUAAAAAAUGAAGUUUUAAUAACAUAAGUAACAUUGGUCGAUCUAUUUUUUUGAAGUUUUCUUAAUUUUUAUGCUACUACUUGAUUAUUUUAACCACAAUUCAUUCCGUAAAAAGAAAAAAAAAUUAAAUCUGUGAAAAUAAAUAUUAAUACUAAUCUAAUGACUCAAAAUUAUAUUUCAGUUAUACUGAUAAAUAAAAUGACUAUUUCGCUAUAAAACUCAGCACGUGAAGUAUGUGAAUGUACACACAAUCGAAAUAAAUUAUGUAGCUUUGAUA